GCUUCUUUUCUUCGAACCUGACUACGCUCGCCCUCGCCCGCUCGCCCUCCCUCUCGCCGUUGGCUUCCUCUCUCUAUAUCUACUGAUCUCCACGAAGCUCCCCUAAAUUCCACCCCCGCGAUUCGAAUUCUCGAUUGAAUUCGCUUACGGGCGCUCGGAACGGAACGGUUCUUGCGGUAAUCGGGGAACAAAUGGAUGUAAGAGAGGCAGAUCGCUAGGUUGUUGAUGCGCCUUUUCGGCCUAACUGAGGAGAAAAGCGCUCUCUCUUUUCUCUUUUUCGAGGCGUCCCACAGCAUUUUUUAGGGGUGUCCGCCGCAAAAGAAUUCCUCUCCGGGAGGGCCCUGUCAUGGAGUACGAUCCCUCUGAUAGCAGCGGGACUGAUGAUGACCUUCCACCAUCACAUCAGAACAGGGGUGCAAGAGGAGGGCGUGUCGCCGGGAAUGGAAGAACCAUUCUUGGUGCUAUUUCAUACCCCAGGGUACAGAAUGAUAUGGAGACCCAAAUACAUCGGCUUGAGCAAGAAGCAUACAGUUCAGUUCUUCGAGCAUUUAAGGCUCAGGCGGAUGCCAUUACAUGGGAGAAAGAAAGUCUUAUAACUGAACUGAGAAAGGAACUGAGACUAUCCGAUGAGGAACACAGAGAACUAUUAAGCAGGGUUAAUGCUGAUGACAUUAUUAGGAGAAUAAGGGAAUGGAGGGCAGGCGGACACCAAACUGGCUUGCUUAACAGUGCUCAACUCACAAAUGAUCCAGUACCUAGUCCCACUGUUUCAGCUUCUCGCAAGAGACAGAAGCCAUCUCAGACCAUUCCCUCUCUAUCUUUGGGUGCACCAUCUCCUGUAUUGCACUCACAGCCAGUUGCCACUUCCAUUCAGCCAUCAUCGACAGCAGCAAAACGGGGAGCUGCAGCAGGGGCAAGGGGCAAGAAGCCUAAAACAGGUCAGGCAUUGCCUGGUGUAUCUUCAAUGAAGUCCAUGCACUAUCCUUCUGCAGGUCCAAGUGGAAGGGGCCAGGUUGCGAACAGGAGUUCUACAGGUGCUCUUGCAGAAGCACCACCAUAUGAUCCACUGGUUGGGCGGAAAGUCAUGACAAGAUGGCCUGAAGAUAAUAACUUCUAUGAGGCUGUUAUAACUGAUUAUAAUCCAGUUGAGGGUCGUCAUGCUCUGGUAUAUGAUAUAGGAACAGACAAUGAGACAUGGGAAUGGGUUAAUCUCAAAGAGAUUUCACCUGAAGAUAUUAGAUGGGAAGGUGAGGAUCCAAGCAUCAUUAAUCGGCCAGUUCGGGGUGGACCAGGCCGUGGGGCUAAGAAGUCUACAGGCCGUGGUGGCGCCAUUCCAGGUGCAGGAAGGGGAAGGGGGUCCUUGAAGAAUCAGGCCAAAAAAGAUUUUCCCCCAUCACAAAAUGGCAUUGGGAAGAAGCCCACUGAUGACAUUGAAAUACUUAACACAGAGACUCUAAUAAAGGAGGUGGAGAGGGUCUUUGGUGCCAGUCAUCCCGAUCCCCUUGAGAUUGAGAAGGCAAAGAAAAUGUUGAAAGAACAUGAACAAUCACUGAUAGAUGCAAUUUCGAGGCUUGCUGAUGCGUCUGAUGGUGAAAGUGAUGGAGGCCAUCAGUAUUCACACGGGCAAUCCAUGGACCGAGAUCGAGGAUGGAGGAGCCAGCAAUAUGCUGGGAACCAACAUGGAGCAAACUAUGAGGAUGACAUGGCAGGUGAAGGUAGAGAAGGUUCUGAUGGUGUCCGCAUGGCUGGGGAUGGUGUCGCAUCAGACUACCGGCAUGAUGGUGAUGAUGAUGACAUAUAACUUGUGCUCCACCAGCCUUCACUAAAUUUACCACCGUAUGAGGCCCAGUGAAGCCCCAUGUUCUGUAAACUGGCGUUGCUAAGAUUUAUUUCUUACCACAUGGAAAAAUAACAGCUCCUUAUAUUUAGUGGGAAGGAUAUCUCUGAUGAGGGGUCAAUCUAAGUCAUCCUAAGCCCCAGCCAUAGAAGCACAAUGGGGAAAGCUGCCUCUGUAAAGUUAUUUCAGUGAAUAGCCCGUGACAUGUAAAUUGUUUGGAUGGCCUUCAACUUUUUGGUGUUUGCAGGUUGCAUCAGCUGAUUCUGUAAGUUAUAUCUCAUUCUGAUCGCUUUGAGUUUGGUGCAAGUUAAAAAGCCAUAGUUAACAAUGAGGUUUA